GAGUAUCAUCAUGGAACGAAGUACGCGACUCCCGUGCGGCUGGCAUGGCAUGCGCGCAAGAUGGAGGUUCCAGAAGAUGACCUGAAGGCAGCAGAAGCCCAUGGUGCCAAGAUGGCGGAAGUUUUCGAUCGGAUGUACGUAUCUGCUGUCACGCCGACUUCCCCGAUGCUGUUCGAGGGCCUCCGGGGCUUGCUGAGGACCUUGGAAGAGCGGAGGACUCCCAUGGGCAUCCUCUCGAAUGCGGCGAGCUCAUACCUAGAG